GUAUCCAACAGUCGCAUCUCUUUGUUCUCGUCUCAAACUCGAACAGACGCAACGAAGCUUCUCUCUCUCUCUUUCGUCUCGUCGUCUCAAACUCAAAGAACAGAGAGCGAAGAUGAUGCACAUGACUCUCUACUGGAGCAGGUACGUCACCCUCCUCUUCGAUUCAUGGCGGACCGACUCGUGGCCGAGCUACCUCCUCUCCCUCGUCGCCUGCUUCCUAGUCUCCGCCUUUUACCAGUACAUGGAGGACCGCCGCCUCCGCUUCAGGUCCCUCGCCUCCUCCUCCUCCGCCGCCGCCGCCGCGUCCCCGCUCCUCCUGAAGGGCGGCGCCUCCCGGCUGGCCAGAUCGGCGAGGCUCGGGGCGGCCCUGCUCUUCGGGGCCAACUCGGCGAUCGGCUACCUCCUGAUGCUGGCGAUCAUGUCGUUCAACGGGGGCGUGUUCCUGGCGAUCAUCGCGGGGCUGACGGUGGGCUAUUACGUGUUCAGGUUCGAGGAUGAGGGGGUGGCUGUGGUUGUGGACAACCCAUGCGCUUGCGCUUGAGGUUCCUUCUUCUUCUUCUUCUUAAAUCUGUAGUUUACAACGUCUUCUGUUCGAUCUUCUCUGUCCCUGAUCGUGUAAUUUCAUCUCCGAAUCUGUUGUAUCAAUCCGUCAUAGUCAACGCAAUCUAUAGUUCUGGAUCUGAAUG